AUGGUGACAAUAACAUUUCGUUGUGAUUAUUUGUAUGCUAUUAAUUUUAAUCAUAUUUAGAUAGAUAGUUUUAAUUCUAUAAAUGUUUAAUUGUUUUUAAUUACUCCAUUUUCUAUGUUUUCAGCGGUUCUUACUUUUACCUGUAAGCUGCCUUGAAUCCUGUCAGGAAAAAAGGCGGGGUAUAAAUAAAUAAGUAAUAAUAAUAUAAUAACAUUAUGGUAAUAUAGAGACAAAAGAAAAGUAUAGUGCUAUUUAAACAGGUUGUAGUGUAGCACAACUGCAAUGAAAAGCGUUUAGUGCAGUAAAUUAGCACCCAAAUUUUUAAUGCUUUUUUUAAAAUGACAGAGGUUUUCUGUCGAUUAAGCAGUAUGUGAAUUCUGUUAAGUAAAUAAAAGAAACACCUUUCUUUUAGUGUUCGCAUCACUGAAAUAUUGCCUCAGAAAUUGCUCCCAUUGUUCAUUUAUGAAGGAGAAAAUUCUGCUAAGCAAUAUGCGAAGAAUGAUACAAAAUCAAAUAGAUACAACUUAAAUGGAAAAAAAGGAUUGGAGAAGAUAGAGGUGGGCCAGGCAGGAGAGAGAAGAUGCAGCGUUUAUGUAUAUUCACUUGAUAUAAUAACCAUGGAGAAGUGCCAUGGAGGAGACUUGUGGGGGUGAGGAGCUGAAUGAAAGUUGAUUCCAGUCACUGCAGCAGAGUGGGGACUUCUCUGCCAUUCUGUCACUGAUACCUGCCAGGUGGAACAACAAAAUUUGGGAACUGGUUUUGGGGAAGGAGGAGCACACCAGGGAACUACACAUUUUGGCUUCUCCAACUAACCAGCCAUUAUUUAUGCCAACCUGCCAAACUUUAUCAAUUUCUCUCCAGAUGGUGGGUCUCCCUUAGGGUGCAUCCAGAUAUGUGUUUAUUGUGGGAUUGGUGCUCUUCGUACAUGGUAGGGUUUUGUUUUGUUUUUUGGCAGUGUUGAAAUGGCAUCAUCAUUGAAAUGCCAACCACAUCCUCCCUCCCCACAAUUUAAUUAGGAUUUACUCUUUCCAGCAAAAAUCAAUACUUUUGUUGCCCUGGGCUUCAGAGCUGACUGAAAAUUAUUCUCUGAUGGGUGACAGAUCAUCAAGUAGACCAUAGUAUUUAGAAAUACCACCUGUGUUAUAUACCCACACCACAUUCCCCAUUGUAGCUGCUGGUGGUUGGUUGCAGAUUUGCAACAUGAUGGUGGUGUUCAGUUCUAGAUCCAUCACAAUAGCAAGGCCCCUCUUGACAGCAUCUCCAUGACAGGGCUAUGUAAUGUGUUGUGGCUCUCGGUCAAUGAGAGCUGUUUCAAAUAACAUUUCAUGCUGAAUUAUACUUUCCCUGAUUAUCAUGACUUUUCUUUGCGUGCACGGAAAAUACUCUGCUUAACAGUGUAGGAUUUUAAUGACCAUCUGUUGUUUUUUUAAUGUGUGUAUUUUAGUGUUACAUUUGGCACAUGAAGUUCUAAAAUGGCUGGGAGGAGGUGUUUGGAAAAGUUCAGUCCAUAUUUGUACAACUGCCACUGUUUAACGAACAUCUCUAGCAACAGGGCAGUUUCAAAGUCUGAGAUGGUAUACUAUUGUAAAAACAGUACAAAUCCGUUAAAAACUGUCCAGUGGUGAAAUUCUAGCAAUAUACAGUUGUUUGGGUGCUUUUAUGUCUAGCUAAUUUCAUUAAUAUUGGUAAAAUGGCCAAUAGUUCUGAAGAUUUACCCUUUGUCUUUUUGCAGAACAAGCACAACACAACAGUUAAUAUACAGUAUUCAUCUUGAUGCUAGUGUAGGUGAGUAACUUCCAGCUUGCCAAGCCUCUUUGAAUGCCAUGUGGCAGUUAUUUUAAAUAAAUAAACUAUCAACCCCCAGAGCAAACUGUAAAACAGCCCUCCGCAUUUCUCUCUCUCCCUCAGCACUGCCUGAAAUGGCUUGAGAAAUGGGGGAAAUAAUUAUAGGCAGAAAUACUGAGCAGUGACAAGGAAUUAAAAAGAGAUGUUAGAACAAGGACUUCAGCUGGGAUUCCUUAGGCCCAAUUUAAACAUUUGCAUAGUGGCAUAGUUGCUGCUGAAAAUCAUUUCUUUGUGGUCAGAGCUCCAUGCAGCUGAAGAAUGUUUGAAUCCACUUCCUGUGCAGGACUACUGAUCACAUGGGAGGUAGACCCACAACCAUCUGGAGCCCUGAGCAUGGGUGAGUGAUAUUUAGCAGCAACUAUGCUGUUGCACAAAAGUUUGAACCGGGUCUGAAUUUUCUGCUGCUUCUUCCAACUCAGGGUUGGUUUGGGAUUGGGAAUAGAUAUUUUGAGGCUGCCAAGCGUGUAGUAGCCACCCUGGAACUUCUUUUUUGAAGGACAGACUAUGAAUCUUAAUUGGUUAAUUAAUACAGUGCACUACUGAUAUUUUAAGAUAGCAGUAGCAAGGCUUAGCAGAACUUCACAGAUAUGUAGGAUUGCCAGUUUGCAACCCAGAGAUUGAGGAUACACAGAACAAUUGUACUAAUGAAAUGACACAAGUGUCUCCUGGGAUUUUUUUUUGCUAUGGCUGCUCGCCUGCCACUUGUCCUUGUGCAGUAGCAAGGGCAAAGUAUGGCAUGCAGCAGACAGAGAAGGAGAGAUCCAAGAAAUGAGCCUUACCUCUCAUUUCACUGGUACAAAUGCAUUAAUCUCUGGGUUGCAAACUAUGUAUGCGGGAGGCAACUGUGGGUACUUCUAAUCAUAGGUUGAAUAGAGCCUCUCGGAAUCUGGCAAAUAACGCUUUGGACAUGACAGUCUAUAAUAUCUGAGACACAAUUCAAGCAUUUCCCAUAACUAUAUUAGAGGGAGACAUACAAAACUCCCCAUGCCAGCACAUCUCUUGGAAGGUGGAGAUGUGUAUUUUAAUAAUAUGGGGAUGUGGGAGAACAGAAACACAUGAGCUUUCUGUUCCUUCCUGCAAGAGAAUGAAGCUGCAUUUGACUCUCCUCCCACCCCAGUAAAUCACAGAGGGACUGUCAAGUUAGCCAUUGAUAAAAAGCCUACUUGGUGUAGCAUGGUUCUCCUCAGAUUCUGAUUGAGUUCUUGCUGAGGAUGUAGGAGACUGUACAUACUAGGUGAAUUCGCAGACAUGGACACCUCUUGCUUGUGUUUUCCUCUUUCUAUCCGUCCCUUGAGUCUCUGACAUGAAACUGUAAGGGGUGAGGGAAUGGUUGGAACAGCUGACUGUGAACAUAAACCCAUAGUCAUUUCCUCCUGCUGAAGCCCACCAUUGACUCCUUUCUGGAAAACAUGGUUGCUAUGAUCUAGAUUGUCAUAGAACAGCCAAGGCUGUUGCCAUGAUUCAUAGUAAUAGCCUGAAGGAGAAUGACACUCUGCCCAUUACGAAAACCCUGAAUGAAUUGCCAGCUACCCAUAAAGUGCUUGAGCCUUUAAAGUUCAUAAUUUACUUAAAGUACAUAAAGUUCAUAAUUACUUUCAUUAGUGAAUAUAUAAUUUGUUAUAAUUUUUGUGUAAUCAUGUUCCAGAGCCAAAUUUGCCAAACCUAAAUCUUAUAAAAUGUGUAUUAAUAUAAACAUUAAUGUAGAGGUUUGUCUCAAACUAUCUCAUUUUCCCUUUUGUGAAGCACAAACAUCUCUCUUUUAUUUGAAAUAAUAUAUAUAUAUUGACUUUCUUAGUAAAGUAAAUAAUUGACCAGCACAAAGUAUAAGGUCUUCAAACUCAGAUGGGUGAAUAUGCUAAUUUUCUUUCUCUUUCUUUCUCAUUUCUCCAGUCUUCAAUUCAAAUCUCCACAUUUCCACAUCAGUUUGCAUUUUUUUUAAAGUGUGCAUGAAAAUUCAUCAUUUUAGUGCAAAUUCUAAUAUACACAUUUUUUGUAAGCAAUUUCGUCUAAUAUACAUUUUUUUGCAGAGCAAUUUAAAAAGUUCCCUAUUAUAAUGGAUUUUUGUAUGUUAUUUUUAUAUGCACUAUUUAGUAUACAGUAUGCACUUUUGAAAACAUUACUUGGCUGAAGAACUGCAUUGCAACAUUUGGGCAAGUGUGGAUUUUGAAGGAUGGCGGUGUUUUGGUUUGCAUAUUGUUUUGCAAAGUGUGAAUUAGGUAUUUUUGCCUUUAAAUACAAACUUAAUUAAUUGCUCCUCCUUCCCUCCUCAUGACUAGUUAUUAAAGUACAAAUUAACAUGGCCACAGAUUUUGAUUCCUGAUCCUCUGUUGUUUUGUGGAUAGCAGGGCUGUACUAAAUACUGCUGAUUGUGGGCUGCAGAUCAGUAAUGAACAUAUAAUUAUUUGUGGCAGACAGAGGUUCAAGAACACUGUCAGUACUAACUUGAGACUGAUUUCCUUUUCUAAUACAGAGGAACAGAAGAAGCUGACUAUUUAUGAUGCUUAUCUGGGUGGAGCCCGUGGUGAGUGUUUUUCAGUUUCUUUAUCACUUUUGUUAACACACUUUAUUUUCCUGUUAGAAACAUUAUUUUUGGAGAGAAACUUUGCUGGCCGCUUUUCUGUUUGUGUGCUGAGUCACUCGAUCAUACACACCCUAAGAACACUUAUUUGGAAGUAA